AUGGCUCAAAGCUGCGUCUCCCUCGCAGGCUCAACCGCCUGCCCAGCCUUUGCCUCGGCCUCGAUCAACACCAACCUGACCGGCAACUUUCCCUUUCUCAAGUUUGUGUCCAACACGCAGUCUUUUGACCAAGGCCUGAGAAACUACAUAGCGACCGGUUACGCCCAGCAACAAUACGAAGACAUUCUUGGUUGUUCAAAGGUCAAUCUCACUAGCACCACCAAUCUCUAUGCUCGCUUUACAACAACAGUCUUGUGCAAUGCCAUUGUCCAGUCUUCGAAGCAAUCGUGUGGCCUCAGUGACCAAGCCGCGACACCGCUAUGUGCUGAUGCUUGCGCCGAAUUUGCCAUUAGCGAACAGGUGAUAAUAUCAAGCCCGGAGCUCUGCGGUACCCCUGGCAACAACGCAGUGCCCCAGAUUCGCUCAGAUUUUGCCCGUUGCUCCAACCCUGCAGACGCUCUCAGCACCACUUGCAUUGAAGCGGUAAAAAACGAGCCCACAGAAUGUGGUUUCCAGAACAAUCUUGAAGGACUAUGCUUGUUUUGCGCUGGAAGCACCACCAACUCGACCGACACAUGCUGCGUCAAUGCCAAUGUUGACGCCCGCUGCCAAAAUGUUGAUCUUCCCACCACCAUUUCCAUGCCUCCUGUCUUCCCAACUAGCACCUCGUCUGCUUCACCAACCUCCACGGCUGGUGGAGCAUCCGGCGGACACAACUCGAAACAGGGACUCUCGGGAGGUGCUAUUGCUGGUAUCGUUAUUGGAUCACUUAUUGGUGCCGCCCUGGUAAUUGCCGCUGUCAUCUUCUGCUGCAUGCAGAGGCGCAGACAAAAGUAUAGCCAGGCCGGUAGCGUUUUCAACACUCCCUCGCCAUCGCGACAUCACUCUUCCAAGGGCAACCCCGUCCCUCCCAUGGCCUUUGGUGGUGACGCCAAUCACGCGGCUACCAUUCUCCCAGGCGCUCGUGUCCAGCGCAUGUCGGCCUUGGAGGAUGCCACGUCGUCCGCCAACAACAGCGAUAGGGGCGGUCGUCUGACUGCGUAUGGUGGCUCUCAACUCGGCGCUUACGAUUCUCCAGAAUCAAUACGUGGUGCUCUAGCUGCAGGACUCCCAAAGCGCCAGGGCUCCUUGUCAAGUCACUCGGCUCUUGGCAUGCACUCCUCGCCCCUUUCUGGCUCUGAUCAGAGCCGCAGCUUGUCUAGCCCCGACGGUCUUACCUCUCAGUCCGAACAGCUCCAGUUCUUCAAAGAUUACUAUUCCCAAGAUGACAUCCACCCCAACGAUACUGUUGCUACUCUCUGGGCCUACCAGCCUCGCGCUGGCGACGAAUUUGAGCUUGAAAGAGGUGACAUGCUCAAGGUUGUUGGUAUCUGGGAUGACGGUUGGGCUACUGGCGUCAGGAUAUCCGAAACGGCAGAGCAAUGGGAAGCGCGAAAAGCCGAGCAACGCGACUCGGGCGUUAGCAGCGCCAGUGGAAGAAUGCCGCUAGAGGACAGCGAGAUCAAGGCCUUCCCCUUGGUCUGCGUCUGCUUGCCGCAGCACUGGCGAAAGACCAUUGAGGGCGAUAGCGCAAUCAUUGGAGGGCACCGGAGUCGAGGUGACCGAGGGCCUUCAAGCCCUUAG